GAGGACCUGCUUCGUUAACUCAAAAACAACAGAAAGGGACAGCAUUCGAAUUUCGAAGACUUCACUUUCAUCAACUUCAUGUGAACUGUGGGCAUAUUCGAUUCCUCAACCGGACAUAAAACCCGACAACAGGUUUAUUUGGUCUGGUUUAAUGGCAAUUUAUCAACCCUGUAAAUAAAAAUUUUUCAUCUUUAUCUGAUUCCUACUCCCAAUAAGGCAAUGGUGGAUUUAUUUAUGGAUUUUUUUGGGCACCUCCUCUGGCUAUAUAUACAGUUGGCGUGCCAUGGCUGUCAUGAGUAGAGCAGUGAAAUUAGCACACGCAUCUUAAAGAAAACAAAAGUUGGGCUUUUUUCUAUCUUUGAUUGAAAGCAAUGGAUGUUGUAACCUCAACUAUUCUUGCCAGUUUUCAAGCAAUUCCCUAUGCCACCCCUGUGGCUGUUGGUGGUUUGUUCUUCUCCAUGUUCUGUGUGAAAAAAUUCAUCUCUGAUCAAAAGAGAAGAAAUGCCAGACUUCCUCCAGAGGUACCUGGGUGGCCAGUUAUUGGGAAUUUGCUGCAACUGAAGGAGAAGAAACCCCACAAGACUUUCACUAAAUGGGCUGAGAUUCAUGGACCAAUCUAUUCUAUUAGGACUGGUUCUUCUACCGUUAUUGUUCUCAAUUCAACAGAUGUUGCCAAGGAGGCCAUGGUGACUAGGUAUUCAUCCAUCUCAACAAGAAAGCUAUCAAAAGCUUUGACUGUUCUUACCCAGGAUAAAUGUAUGGUUGCAACAAGUGAUUAUGAUGAGUUUCAUAAGAUGGUGAAGCGAUAUCUACUUGCAAAUGUCUUGGGAACUAACGCGCAGAGGCGACAUCGGUGCCACAGGGACAACCUGAUUGAAAAUAUUUCAAGCCAGUUGCAUGCUCAUGUGGAGACCUCUCCAAAUGAAGCAGUGAACUUCAGGGACUAUUUUCAGUCUCAACUUUUUGGAUUAGCACUGAAAGAAGCAUUGGGAGAAGAUGUGCAAUCUGUUUAUGUUGAUGAAUUUGGGUCAACUCUGUCAAGAGAGGAGAUCUUCAAGGUCUUAGUCCUUGAUCCAAUGGAGGGUGCAAUCGAUGUGGACUGGAGAGAUUUCUUCCCAUACUUGAAAUGGAUUCCUAACAAAAGCUUGGAGAAGAAAAUCCAGCAAAUGGAUUUAAAUAGGCAGGCAGUGAUGAAUGCCCUUAUAAAGGAGCAAAAGAAACGAAUCGACUUAGGACAGAAGCAAAAUAGUUAUCUCGACUUCUUAUUAUCCGAAGGAACGCUUACAGAGAAGCAAAUGAGCAUGUUGAUUUGGGAGAUAAUUAUUGAGACAUCUGAUACAACUUUGGUCACAACUGAAUGGGCCAUGUAUGAACUUGCAAAGAAUUCAAAGUGCCAGGAAAUGCUCCUUCAGGAAAUAAAAAAUGUAUGUGGGUCUGAAAAGAUCACUGAAGAACACUUGUCUGAACUGCCAUACUUGAAUGCUGUUUUCCAUGAAACUAUAAGGAAAUACAAUCCGGCUCCAGUUAUACCUUUGCGAUAUGUGCAUGAAGAUACAGAACUCGGAGGUUACUACAUUCCUGCUGGAAGCGAGAUUGCUAUUAAUAUUUAUGGAUGCAACAUGGACAAGAAGCAAUGGGAAAACCCAGAAGAGUGGAAGCCAGAAAGAUUUCUUGAUGGGAAAUUUGAUCCAAUGGACUUGCAUAAAACGAUGGCGUUUGGAGCUGGAAAAAGAGCAUGUGCAGGUUCUCUUCAGGCAGUGUUGGUAGGAUGCACAUCAAUUGGCAGACUUGUUCAAGAAUUUGAGUGGAGAUUGAAAGAAGGAGAGGAAGGAAACGUGGAUACUGUUGGACUCACUGCUCGCAAGCUUCAGCCGUUGCAUGUCAUCUUAAAGCCAAGAACAUAAGGAUCACCAACGCAGACAUUGGUGGUUUUUUUUAUAAAUAGAUCGAUAAUGAGCAGUGACAUAAUAGCUCCAUGUAUCAAUCUUGCAUAUUUCUCAUGAUAUAUCAUAUGUCAACCUUUUAUUUCUUAAAAAAAAAAAAGGGUUGUUGAAGGUUUUGAAAACGUUCAAAAACUCUAUUUUUCUUUA